UGCAAUAUCAGCUGAAUGGAUCGUGUUGAAUAGUUUGCCAGAUAGAGCCCAUCGAUCUCAGUUGUUCGUUUUCCGGCGAUAGAUUCAGAGCUUAAUAUGGCACUGUUCUGGUGUUUUAUCUUCCUUACUGUUUCGCUCGUUCGAGCUGAUGUUGUAAAACCUACUACAACAGCUCUACGAUGUCUGCACAGCCACUCGAAGAAAUGUACGAUUCCGAGGGUUGACCCAUACGACGACCUGAUACUCCCCGAUUUGUCGGGGAAGACUACGUUGCAGAUCAAGGGAGGUACCCUCUUCGCUUUUGAUGGGCAGCUUUGCGAAAAACUGGAAACCGUGAAUAGACUUCAAAUGGGCUCGCUACAGUUGAAGGUGCUUUGUCUGACGCCAGCACUUCGGGAAGUAUCUGCCGCGAACAACGAAAUCGAUACGUUGAAGAUUUCUGGAUCUCAGCACAAACUUGAACAUCUCGAUCUACGGUACAAUAAUUUGAAAACGUUGGAUGGCUGUGAAGUGCUGGUGAAUUUGGUCGAGGUACACCUCGAACACAAUAAAAUCGAAUCUCUAGAUUGGGCAGUGUUUGAAAACAUGAAGAAACUCGAAAAGUUGUACCUCAAUGGAAACAAGAUCAGUAACGUGGUGGCUGAGAAGAUAAUCGAACUGCCAGUUUUGGAAUACCUUUCUCUGGCAAGUAAUGAACUGACGAAUUUGGACGUGUCGAAUUGGAAAUUCGAAUCUCUUAUUGAGUUCGACAUCAGUUCGAAUCAUUUGUCCAAAAUAGCUAAUCUGCACGUACGCUUCCCCAGCUCGCAAGCCGUCUUCUUGGCCAACAAUCAGUGGUACUGUGAGUGGCUGCAAGACACUUGGGAACAUUUCAAUAGAACUUUUGUAACAAUCAAGGACCGGGAUGAGAACUGCGAAGGCAUCACAUCUUCAAACAUUUGCUGCAGACCGGAAAAAGACAUUAUUGUCGAGAACACUGGAUUGCUAGUCGAAUUGACAAAAGUUGAGAAAGAGCAAAAGACUUUGCAAUUGCGCUUGGAGUCGCAAUUCGAGGAACUGAGCAGAAAGCAUAAGGAGGAAUUGACGCGAUUGGAAGACAAGUUAAACAUGUUGAAUGCUGCGUCAUCGGUUGUGGCAAACGUCACAUCUGUUGACAGCGCUCAAUUCGGGUUCCAUAGUGAGAUGCUCAAGGAAAUGAACUCUCUAGCGCAUAAGAAACUAAGCGCUAUAUCCUCCCAGCUGGCAGAGAACGAGAGAGUGCAAGUUCGGCUUAUGUACACCACCUUGGAGCUGAAAAAGUCCAUCGAGCGGGGCCGGAAGUCGGUUUCGGGACUGCAAGCACAGCUCGACAAUCUGCGAAAAGAGCUCUACAGCAAAGCGAAGGGAGGUUAAUGAAUUUGUGCGGAACACUUUAGAUCCGAUUCAAUGAAGGAUUUGAGACACUUCGUUUAAACAGUUCUAACGGAAAGAUAUUGUUGAAAAUUUUUAAGAAUUUUCAAUAAAGAGAUUGAUAACACAUA